AUGAACAGUGUGCGUGGUAUGUAUCAUAUCGACACUGGCCAGAGCCUUGGCAAACCGUCCUGGCCAGAAAGGGUCAACGUUUACACCAGCCGCUUAAUGAGGGCCUGGCUCCUCCGUGACCAUCACCCCGUUGUGCAGGGGGAAAGGAGGAGUCAGGCCCUGGUGGGCAGUGUCCGUGGCUGGUCCGGCUCGUCCAUCAGGGGAGCAGGCUCGGAGCCGGCCAGGGUCGGGCGCCUGGCGGCCGCAGGCAAGUCAAACGGUCGAGCGCGGUGCAGAGGGGACCGGGUGCGCGGAGGGGCCGCGGGGCGCAGCCGGCCUGAGGCAGGACCUCGAUGCAAGCGCGCGCAGGACUCCGACGGCCCUGCCGACGCCCCCUUCCCAGACAGGCACACUGAGGUCCAAGGCAAGCGAAGGAGAGAGACCCCUCUAAGAUCGGGCCGUCAGGAUGGUCCCGCCGCGGGCCUGUCACCCGGUCGGGGGGUCGCCCCCUUGGAGAGGUGGCCCCCAGGGUGGCAAGCGCGGCUGCUGGCGCUUCUGGGGGUGGACCGACGGAGAGACACCACUGGUGCAGUGGACCCAGCCCUGCUGGGGUCCUGGGCCGGGUGGGGUGGGGACAAAGCGUGGUGGCGAGCGUGGUGA